GCAGCGAUGAAAGCGCCAGCGGACGGCGUUCAGUUAGGAUGUGCAGUUCCAGCGGUGCGAACGUGUCCCGGGCGCGCCAAUUGGCCAAGUAGCCGACACCAGCCAAAAGAGCCAACCAAAUUCAGCCGGAAAGGCAACAGUUUUUGUUCAAGAAGACCAACGCCGAAAUAUGCCAACGCCUGACUGAGGGCCGAAAUCGCGGGUCGCGCGUUUUUGUGUAAAUAAACAGAAAUUAGAAAAAAUCACAAGAAAUCAGACGAAAUCAAAUCGAAAAUCAAGCGAAACAAAAACAGCUUUCAUCGGCGCAUCCAUCUAGCAGAGAGAUCCGCACAAUUUAUUUUUCGGUUUCAGUGAAAAAGCGCAAGUUAUUCAAUUAAGCAUUAAUGCCAGCGGGCGCAAUGUCUGACUGAUGAGUCGGCCCGCAGCGGACCCGUAACGCAUACGCCAUGUGAGCCGGAUCGAUGGGAUCGCUUUCCGGCCAAGCCACAAUGCCAUCCUCCUGUAAAUAGCCAGCAGUCUUUUUGUACUCGCGUCUCUGUCAUGUGUCCGUGUCCGUGUAUCCGCCACUGUACAUACUGUAGACUCUAAUUGAUUAAGCCACAAUAAAAAAACCACAAAAAGAUCUCGUAUCGAAGCAAAACAAAACAAACAAAAGCAAGCAUAAAAAAUAUAUAUAUAAAUACGUAGAGGAAGAGGCGCGCGUUUUUGCCACAGAACGCGAACGCGCCACACACAAGUUUCGGUGCAAAACGGGUAUAAAUAAUCGAAAUAAUAGUCGAAUGCUAUGCUAUAUGCUACAUGCUAUAUGCUGUAUGCCAUAGGAAUAAGUUAAAUUAUUAGGAUUAAUUCGGUUGGAAUUUCGCGCGCAAUAAGAAUUAAUUGUAAACACGGGCAGCAUGGGACCAAUCAGACUCUAGAGCUAGCCAAGCAUCCGCAGAGUUAGUUAGAGACGAAAGCAGAUCACGAUGGACUACAGCCGGCUGAAUGCGAACAUCAAUACGGGCAACAUCAGCACCGAUGACUUUCUGGCCGUGUUCACCACCGGAAGGCCGGACAACAAUGCCACCCUCAAUCCGCCCCUGCUCAGUGUCGACGGGCAGCUGACCCUGCCCCCGGGAUCGGGAUUGGGACCGGGAUCGGGAUACAUCAAUGUGAAUGACACGAUAUUUUUGCUAAAUGGCAGCUUGUACAACAGCAGCCUGCAGCUGGCGGCGGGAUAUUAUAAUCAGAGUGGCGGGGCAGGGGCGACAGCGGGCAAUCUGACCAAUCCGAAUCAAACAGAAGUGCACUGGGAUGGACGUUAUCCCAGCGGUUACACGCUCACCCACAUCGUGAUUGCCUCCAUAAUCGUGACCAUCCUGAUGAUCAUCAUCGUGGUGGGCAACAUGCUGGUGAUCAUUGCCAUUGCCACGGAGAAGUCACUGAAGAACAUACAGAACUGGUUCAUCGCCUCGCUGGCGGUGGCCGACUUCUUCCUGGGCCUCAUCAUCAUGCCCUUCUCGCUGGCCAAUGAGCUGAUGGGCUACUGGAUCUUCGGCAGCUGGUGGUGCGACAUCCACUCGGCGAUGGACGUGCUGCUCUGCACCGCCUCGAUCAUGAACCUGUGCCUCAUCUCGCUGGACCGCUACUGGAGCAUCACCAAGGCCGUCGACUAUCUGAAGUCGCGGACGCCGGCGCGGGCCGCCGUCAUGAUCACGGCGGUGUGGAUAAUGUCCGCCCUCAUCUGCAUUCCGCCGCUGCUCGGCUGGAAGGUGAAGAUGCCGGAGGGACCGCUGCCCAAGUGCGAGCUGAGCGAGGACAUUGGCUACGUGCUGUACUCGGCACUGGGCUCCUUCUACAUACCCAGCUGCAUUAUGGUCUUUGUGUACAUACGAAUUUACUUUGCCGCCAAGGCGCGGGCGAGGAGAGGCAUUAAAAAGCAUCCCCGCAAAACAAACAACGAACAGGUAACGAGCUUCACCACCGCCAAGAAAGGAACAAUACCGAUGCCCUCCUCUAGCGGCGCGUCCGCUCUGCAGCUGCACCAGCAGCGCCAGAUAGCCACCAUCGAGACACCACCGAACAGCGCCAGCCUGCCGAUGCAGAUUCCCACGGUCACCAUGGACCUGGCCUCGGACAUCUCCACAUCGGAGGCGGGGGAACUGGAGGCGGUGGCCGCCCAAACGGUGCUCGCCUACGCCAAUCCCAAUGGGUCGGGCUCGAAUGCGGUCACCGUGGUGAGCAGCGGGAAUGGUGGAGGAGGAGGAGGAGGUGGAGGAGGACCACCCACCUCACCCAAGGAGACGCUGCAGGUGAGCACGAUAGCCACCGGCCGGGUGGGCCUCAAUGUGCCCGUGCCCCCCUCGAUGGGCAGCAACAACUCCAUCAAUGCGCUGAACAACAACAACGGCAGCGUGGCCAUGGACGGCGGCGCAGCUACCGGUGGAGCCGGGGGCAAUGGCAGUGCAGGGGCGGCGACAGGGGGACUGCAGACGGGCGGCAACGAGCUGCGCGUCUCGCCGAUCGCCGGACGGUGUCGGGCCCUAUCCGUGGGCGUAGACACGGACAUGGUGAGUGAAUUCGAUCCAUCCAGCAGCGAUUCGGGCGUGGUCAGUCGCUGUGCCGUGGUCAAGCCGCUCAAGUUUCGCCUUUGCCAGCCGAUCUUCGGGCGCAAGUCCAAUAACCAGCAGCGUCGCAACGAGGCCAAAGCGGCGGCCAAAAACCAGCAGCCCGCUGCAGCGGCCGCCAAAAACCAGCAUCAACAGCAGCAGCAGCAGCAGCAGCAGCAUCAGCAGCAUGUGGUGAAGGCGGAACUGGAGCCGGCCAUACCGAAGACGCCGAAGCCCCGGGAUCCGGAGAAGGAGAAGCGACGGAUUGCGCGGAAGAAGGAGAAACGGGCCACUUUGAUCCUGGGCCUGAUCAUGGGCAGCUUCAUCGCCUGCUGGCUGCCGUUCUUCUUCCUUUACAUCCUGGUGCCGGCAUGUAGCAGCCACUGCAACAUACCGGAGUCGGCCUUCGCCGUCGCCUUCUGGCUGGGCUACAUGAACUCGGCCCUCAAUCCGGCCAUCUACACCAUCUUCAACAAGGACUUCCGACGCGCCUUCCGGCGCAUCCUGUUCAAGUGAUGUUUGGCCUACGUGUGCUGUUACAGGUGCGUUUACGCCAGCAUCGAGAAGGCAACCGAACGUGCCAUGGGCAGCACACCCAUGGGCUAUGGUCAUGGCAUGUAUCAGCACUACAGGCGUUAGAUUUGCUUCGUUUUGGUUAUGCCAUAGGCCCCCCGCCCCCUCCCAGAUCCCAUUCCCACUCCCCAGAGCUGCAAAACUAUCGAAGGUACUGUCAAUCUGUUACUCAUCUUUACUAAAAAAAAAAUAUAGUAGAAAUAAUAUUUUUUUAGCUUUAAUUUUAAAAAUACGAACUAUAAUAUCGAUAUCCUAAACAUUUCACCCGAUAGUUCCUGCUAUCUAAUUUAUCGACAUAUUCCGUUUACCUGAUAGCUCAUGCUAUCGAAAUAAUCGACUGUACUGACAAUCGAUCGUUUUGCAAUUCUAGCCAUACCCAUUCACUUAACCCUUUUCCCCAGCUUUCUUUGAAUUUUUUGUUUGAAUAAAAAAGUAACGAACAUUGUA